AUGUCCAUCUGCUGCUCCAGCGCCAAAUUCAAACUGCAGGAAAACUGUCUGCAGGAAAACACACCACUCUCUCAAGCUCUACUUUCAGGCUGUGCGGUGAUGGACGGGCUUGGUCGCGCUGUGGUCGGGGUCUGGAGGGCCCACACGGUCCUGGACGAGUCCGACGAGGCCGAGUUCUCCCCGGAGGCCCCGGAUCGCUUCAGGAAGCUCCGCUCGUCCUCGUCCCUGAACUCCCUCCGGAUGUCUCUGCGGAAACGGCUGCCGCUGCGCUCCGUCCAGGCCAACUCCCUCCCCGAGAACCCCACCUGGGAACCCGAGAACCCGAGCUGGGAACCCGCCAAGGAGCCGCCCAAGGUCGGCGCGGUGCGCACGCUGACGCGCAGCGCCAAGACCUCCAUCAACGGGAUGUACCAGCGGUUCCAGAGGACCAGGGAGUUUUCCCAGGAGGAGUGUCUGGUGCAGACGCCCGGUCGGGGGGAAGAUGCGUCGUCGUCCUGCACCCCGAGUCGGACCCCCGGCCGGGCCGGGACGCCCAGAUCUGCAGCCACACCCGGCCGCACCCCCGGGCGAACGCCCGGCCGCACCCCCGGCCGCAGGGGCAGGAAGACCCCCGAGGCCUCCGUCCGCGGGGUGAAGGCGGGCGGCGGCAGGAGGCAGCUGGUCCGGAUGGCGGCGCUGCGGAGCCCCUUCGCUUCCCCCAGCAGUCAGAACCAGACGCUGAAGUUCGACCAGGACCUGGAGUCGGUGUCCAGCGGACUUCGGAGGCUCAAGCGUCUGUCCAAGGCCUUCGACGACAUCAUCGGCCGGGACAAGAGACCGGGUUCCAGCCAGACGACCUCCGGGGGCCCGGUGAUGAGGAAGCUGGACCCCAACGGGAAACUGAGCCGCUCCAAGCUCAAGCGGCGAGCCUCCAACCUCUCCACCUCCCUGGGGGGGUGGGCCCACACCGCCGUGAGCUCCCUCCACAAGUCCAGCUGAUCCACAAAUCCAGCAGCUGAUCCACAAGUCCAGCUGAUCCACAAGUCCAGCUGAUCCACAAUCCAGCUGAUCCACAAGUCCAGCUGAUCCAGGACCUGUCUCACAUUUAUUAUUACAUUUCCGUGUACGUCUGUCACAACACAGGGAGACGAUUAUGUGGCAGCGUGUCUUCUGUUUUUAUCCGUGUUGUGUUUUAUUA